GGAGCCGGCGGCGGCGCUGCGGACCGGAGAGCGCGCGGCGACGGCGGCGCGGCUGGGCCAGAUCCCCAGGCCCCUCUAGCUACGGCCGGGACCCUGCGGACGGCGUCGCGGAUUUUAACUUUGCAGGAUAAUCAAAUGCAAGAAGAACUAAUGGUCUACAUUCUGAGUACUGCCCUUGGCAAGACCCGCUUAAGAUACUGUACACUCCCUUUACCCCAGACAUCCUUCUGGGGUCCAUCUGAGGUCAGCAGUGUGAAGAUGACCGGUGCCUUCUUAGCAUGACGACCUUGGACCAUGUGAUCGCUACCCAUCAGUCAGAGUGGGUCUCCUUCAAUGAAGAGCCACUCUUUCCUAUCCCUUCUGAGGGUGGGGCUGAGGAAUAUCCCCUGGGACUAUCAUCUUCCUCAGACCAGUCCGAGAGCUCCUCUGCAGAGAACCAGGUGGUGGAUGGAGGCUCUCGGGACCUUUCCCACUCCGAGCACGAUGACUCCUCUGAAAAGAUGGGCCUCAUCUCUGAAGCAACUUCUCCUCCUGGGAGCCCUGAGCGGCCCCCACCCGACCUGGCUUCUGCCAUCAGCAACUGGGUUCAAUUUGAAGACGACACACCCUGGGCCAGCACCUCACCACCGCAUCAGGAAACAGCCCUCACAUUGACCAUGCCCUGUUGGACAUGUCCGUCCUUUGACUCCCUGCGGAGAUGCCCUCUGACCUCCGAGAGCAGCUGGACCACCCAUUCUGAAGACACCAGCAGUCCUAGCAUUGGGCCUUCGUACACAGACCUGCAGCUCAUCAAUGCGGAGGACCAGACAAGCAGCAGGGCUUCCGGGGCUGACUCAACUGACAAUUCUUCCUCACUCCAGGAAGAUGAAGAGGUAGAGAUGGAAGCCAUCAGCUGGCAAACCAGCAGUCCACCCGUGAAUGGGCACCCUGCCCCUCCAGUGACCUCUGCUCGUUUCCCCAGCUGGGUCACUUUUGAUGACAAUGAAGUCAGCUGCCCUUUGCCACCAAUCACAUCUCCUCUGAAGCCAAAUAUGCCACCUAUGGCACCUGUGACUCCUGUUGUACCUUACAACUCAACUGGGUCAUUCAAGAGGGAUCGUCCCAAGAGCACUUUGAUGAGUUUCUCCAAAGUUCAGAAGCUGGACAUUUCCUCCCUAAACCAUCAACCCUCUGCAACCGAGGCACCACCUUGGAGGGCCACCAAUCCUUUCUUGAAUGAGACACUCCAGGAUGUCCAGCCCUCCCCUAUCAACCCUUUCAGUGCUUUCUUUGAGGAACAGGAGAGGCGCUCCCAAAAAAGCUCCAUUUCCAGUACCACAGGGAAAAGCCAAAGAGAUUCCCUCAUUGUCAUCUACCAGGAUGCCAUCAGUUUUGAUGAUUCAAGCAAAAACCAGUCCCACUCUGAUGCUGUUGAAAAACUCAAACAACUCCAGAUUGAUGAUCCUGAUCACUUUAGCACUGCAGCACUACCUGACGAUGACCCAAUAGCCUGGAUUGAACUAGAUGCUCACUCACCUAGCUCAGCACUGACUCAGCCCAGAGAUGGCUGGCCAAUGAUGCUCAGGAUCCCUGAGAAGAAAAACAUCAUGUCCUCCAGGCACUGGGGACCAAUCUACAUCAAACUGACAGACAGUGGUUACCUGCAGCUGUAUUAUGAGCAGGGCCUAGAAAAGCCAUUCCGUGAGUUCAAGCUGGAGAUCUGCCAUGAAGUUUCAGAACCUCGGCUUCAAAACUAUGAUGAGAAUGGUAGGAUCCACAGCUUGCGGAUAGACCGAGUCACCUACAAAGAGAAGAAGAAAUACCAGCCUAAACCUGCUGUGGCCCACACAGCAGAGAGGGAACAAGUGAUUAAGCUGGGCACCACCAAUUAUGAUGACUUCCUGAGCUUCAUUCGUGCAGUUCAGGACCAGCUCAUGGAUCUUCCAGUAUUGUCAAUGGACUUGAGCACCGUUGGUUUGAACUAUCUUGAAGAGGAGAUUACAGUGGAUGUCAGAGAUGAAUUCUCUGGCAUUAUAAGCAAAGGAGACAACAGAAUUCUCCAGCACCAUGUCUUGACUCGGAUCCAUAUUCUGAGUUUCCUUUCUGGGCUUGCAGAGUGCCGAUUGGGCCUCAAUGACAUUCUCAUCAAAGGAAACGAAAUAGUUUCUCGGCAAGACAUCAUGCCCAUCACUACCACCAAAUGGAUUAAACUCCACGAGUGCCAUUUUCAUGGGUGCGUGGAUGAGGAUGUGUUCAACAGCUCUCGGGUUAUUCUCUUCAACCCUUUGGAUGCUUGCCGGUUUGAGCUAAUGCGGUUCAGGACAGUGUUUGCUGAGAAGACCUUGCCUUUCACACUCAGGACAGCGGCAAGCAUCAGUGGGGCGGAAGUGGAGGUGCAGAGCUGGCUGAGGAUGUCACCCGGCUUCUCCUCCAACCGUGACCCUCUCACUCAGGUUCCCUGUGAGAAUGUAAUGGUUCGUUACCCAGUGCCCAGUGAGUGGGUGAAAAACUUCCGCAGGGAAAGUGUCCUAGGGGAAAAGUCUUUGAAAGCCAAAGUGAACCGAGGGGCAAGUUUUGGCUCAGCUAGUGUCUCUGGCUCUGAGCCUGUCAUGAGAGUAACUCUGGGGACUGCCAAGUAUGAGCAUGCCUUCAGCUCCAUUGUGUGGAGGAUAAACCGACUGCCUGACAAAAACUCAGCUUCUGGCCACCCACACUGUUUCUUUUGCCACCUUGAACUUGGCUCUGACCGGGAAGUGCCUUCCAGCUUUGCCAAUCAUGUGAAUGUUGAGUUCAGCAUGCCCACGACUUCUGCCUCCAAAGCUGCUGUAAGAUCCAUCUCCGUGGAAGACAAGACUGACGUCAGGAAGUGGGUCAAUUAUUCCACACAUUACAGCUACAAGGUGGAAAUUGAGCAAAGAAAAAGUUUGAAACCAGACUUUGAAGGAGAUGAAACAGAAAAUCCCAAGGUGUGUGGGAUACAGUGACAAAACCCUACAUGUGCUAGGGUGGCUUCCUGAAUAGUUUAAGUUUAAGUCAGUACCUGCUGUGGCCACUCCAUAUUGGGAGCAAUCUAUCAGACCUUCCUGUUUGCAGUUACCUGUCUUUUAAUAGGAGCUCCUGAGGUGGUUGCUUAGAAGAUGCUUUUUGACCAUGACCAAGCCUGAAGCGUGUGGUUUAUCUGACUUGGGAGCUUUCUGUAUAGUUAAGCCUUCUUGUCUCAUUUCUGCUUAUAUCACAGUACUAGUAUAUGGUUUGUUAUUACUGUGAAAGAGUCCAGAAAAGUACUUCCAACAUCAUUGUGGGCAUGAUUUCUUUCUGAUAUUCAUCCAUCACUCAUGAGUUUCUGGAAAACAUGGUUUUGAAAAGUUAAUUAAGAGUCCAUUUCUGUCACUUCCUCUUGAAAAGGCUCAGAAAAGGUUCAAGACAAAUUUCCUCUUUGGGUUUACUAGACCUUUUUUAGAUGUCUCUAUUCUAUGCAACAGAACUUUUCCGAUCUGUCUCCCUUGGUUAUAGAUUCUUUAUAUUGAAACAUUUUUGUUUUCAUUUCUCUUAGGUUUCAGUCCUAGGAUUUGUUAUCCUGAAUCUCUAUAGACGUGAGAAAGGGCCCAGUUGGAUUUUACAAAUUUUGUGACUGGACCUACAUUCUGUGAUUGGAUUGGGCUGUAUUCACAUUCCGUUGAAAGGAAAGCAAAAUUAGGCUUAUUUCUCUUCAUUUGGAGGAAAAGGGACAUUAACUAUAAGAUUAUAUUCCGUUUAGGAGACAUCUUCAAUCUCAAUGAAUUCCCAAAGUCACACUGAAAAAUACAGGCCACUUCUGAUUCCUGAAACAAAUACCUCAGGCAUUUGUCAGGGGCAUUUGGGAGUUCUUUUUAUACCUCAUAGCCAAUAGAUUGUUGCAUGUCUCUUUAACACAGACUUUAUAGGAAAUGUAAGCUGAAAAGGAAAUUUUCAAAGCUGUUUUAAACUUUGGAUAAGCUCUCAAGUGUAGAGCUUGAUAAUCACAGUAUUGUAAUAAAUUAAAAAGGCGUCUAGGAUAACACGGAAAAGCCAUAUUUCCCUAUGUUGUGAACAUUAAAUUCUGAUUCCAAGAGUCAGGACAUUUAGUCAAUCUUCUUUUUCUUCAUUUUAUUUGUACCUUGGUGUUUUAUGAUGAAAAGGAUGAAAUGAGAGAAAGCACAUUUUAUCUGAUUGGUAGAUAAUACAGAAGUAGACACUAUGUCAAAUUUUUCAUUGACAGAUGUAAGAUUAAUUUUUUUUUUUUUUUUUGGUACCGAGGAUCGAACUCCGGUCCUUGCACUUGCGAGGCAGGCUGCAGAACCACUGAGCUAAAUCCCUGGCCCAUGUAAGAUUAAUUUAUCCAAUGAACAUUCAUUAAUUCUAACUGUGUUACUGACACUAGGUUAUAGAAAUCAUCACGAUGUUUUUAAAGUAUCUAAGCGUAAGCCUGAAACUAAAGGGGGGAGAUUGAAUAGGCAUUAAUGAGACACUAUGUUCUGAGUUUUUUAAAAGCAACCCUCUUAAAUACAGACUACAGGCAUGUGUGUGUGUGCGUGUGUGUGUGUUGAUGAGAAGGAUGUUGGAAAGAACUGGUUUUACAGCCACUCAUAGAAAUGUUUCUUAGGGAAAUGGGAGUUUAGUUAUGAAUUGGAAGUAUAUCACAGCUAUCAAAGCUAAUGCAUUCAACCUGUGUUAACAGAAGUUCAGCAAUCUCUAUAUGAUAUAUUGUCACUACCUGUCUGGAUAGAAGAUUGAGUUCAAUUACAGAUACUGUUUCUAAGAGACCUUAAUAAGUUGCUUGUGUUAAUAGGCAGGAGACCAAGGUUGUGAAGAAUCUGGCUAUAUAAGGAAUGAGAACAGCAACCUUGAAGAACAGAAGAAAUAGCUGGGAAGGGGGUACUGAGCAGGAUGGAAUGAUAAUGAUAGCUGCCUCAAAAUUUCUGUUAAACUAUAAAAAGGAAGAAGUAGAUUUAUUAAGAGUUCUAAAGAGGAAUAAACUCAAGUGGUAGAAUUUCCUGUUUUUGCAAAUGCUCAAAAGUUAAAAUAACUGUCUAUCCCAGAUGCCACGAGAGGGACUGUCACAUUGGAUUUUGGCUAGCUGACGACCAAGAUUUUUUAAAAAGGUCUCAACAAGAAUAAGGCUCUCUAGCUCCAGUUGUCUGUUUCCUUCAUGUUUUCAUGCUGUUUGAAGUACAGAAGAAUCCCUUAAAAGACUUUGUCAAGGGAUUCCAAAAUACAUCCUUUCCUGUGCUGUACUAAAGACACUAAAGAUUUCUCAUAGACUGCCCAGAUGGGUUGGAGAUUGUCAAGAUGAAGGCCAUCCCAGUACCUUCUCCCCCAGGCUUAGCACUGUGGCAAGCCCUCUGCCUCACCUGCUAGCAUCACAUGAGUAUGACUUGUUGGUUCUUAUUUUUCCUCCUUGAUUAAUUCUCAUUGCCUUCCUAUUUUCACCUGAACUGUUUUUUGUUUAUUAACCAAGAAGUGGGAGAGUCCCUUCUAUACUGCCUGUGUUUGGCAAGCAAAUUAGUACUAAAUUUAAAAAAUCUGCUACCUUGACAACAUCAAGUUUGUUUUGCCUCUAUUUUUAGGGAACUGACUAUGGGUAACAUAUAGGGGUUGGGGAAUAUGAUACAAUAUAUUUUUAGUGUUUUACUAAUCUACAUAAAAGUCACAGUUAGGCACAUAACUUUUUUGAUGUGUAGAGUCUAUGACUGCCACCCUGGAUAUGGGUUAUUUUUUGUGGUUACAGAAAGUUCUCAAUGAGAUCAAUAAUGUGAAAAUAUUAAAAGUGAAUUCAUCUUACCAGUACAUAGUAUAAUUAUUAGAAUACAAAUUAGAAGAUAGCAAGAGCUAUAAUGUACUUUGAGUCUAGGGCUUGCUCUUCAACUUUACAGUAAAAAAGGAAAAUAAUCAUAUUCAUUGUAUGUCAGAAUGUGAGGCAUUUUGUGAGGGAACAUUAAACCUCCUCCACCUGUUCUUGUCGACAUAGUAUUAUUUCUUAUCAAAAGUUAGCUCCUUGUUCAUAUUAAAUAUUAUCUGGACAGUUUUGUGGGUUUUUUAUUCUCUUUCUACCUUUCCACAUUAUUAUUGGGGGUCAUAAUUCUUGAGAACAUUUUUUUAUUUAAAACAUUUCUUAUUUGAAAUGAAACUAAUUUCUGUUCCAAUCCAGUGGUUGGGAGAAGGACUUUUUUCCCCUAGAAACUCAUGUUCCUGAGAAGUGAGAUGCACAAAGAUAAGGAAUGUAUCUUGUGUUUCCAAUACCUUGCACAAAACUUGGAAUAAAAUAGAAGUCAGCUACCUUCAAUGCUUCCUGGCAGGGCAGAGAUACUCAUGAAAUAAAGGGAAAUUUUUAGGUAUUCAGUGUGUGUUGAAAGAAUACUGACCUUGAGAUUCUGAGACUACUUAAGUCCUAUCAAAUACUGGUACUAAAGCAUGCAAUUAGCUUUCAUUUCUGGGAGGAUUUAAAUAACCUUGCUCUCCUUUUAUUCCCAAUUUCAGUGUCAACUAAUAAUAAUUGUCAGCACUCAAGCACUUAAUGUGUUGCUGAACUUGAUAAAAUGUAUCUUAUUCACACUGGGACACAUUUUUUAUGCUCGCAGGUAAAGUAACACAGAUGCUGCUAAUAAUCAGAUUACUGAUGCAGUUUUGUGGCUGCAAGUCAAACUGUAUCUGUGAGCCUAAACCUGGCACAUUAGAAUGGCUGGCGAGGGAAAUACAUGUAGAAUGGAAUUUGAUAGAGUCCUCAGCCAGUCUUGGUGGACCAGUUCUUUGGUUUCCCCAACAUUAACCACUGACCAAUGUUACAGCACAUUUCUUUUGUCACUGUGUAAGAUGGAGGUCUGAGAUUAGGAAAGCUGAAUCUUGUCAGAUGAAAUCAGUAUUUCACAGCUGACUUAGAUUUUCUAAGUAGUGGAAAAUUAGAGAACAAGUUGAAAUUUUUUCCUUAAAAGCCUUGCAAACUAUUAAAUUUGUGUGAAGCAAAUUUAGGGGAAGCACUGCCAUCCAAUCUACUUUUACAAAUUCUCCUAGUUGGAAUGGUAAUUUUAACUCUUCUAAGAAAUAUUAUUUUAAUCCCAACAUAUUUAGAGUUUGGGUUAAGAAUGCAAUCCAACAGGAAAUUUAAACAAAACUUACAAAAAAUUUAAAAUCAUCUUAGUACUAAAUCUAACCCUUCAUUGCAACUUUUUAAUUUUUUUUUUUUUAUUCAUUUGUGGCACUGGAGAGUGAACCCAGGGCCUUCUGCAUGCUAGGCAAGUCUUCUACUAAUGAGCUACAUUCCCAGCCCCAACUCUUAAUAUUAGAGUAUUCUCACCAAGUUUCUAAAGGUAUUCUGUACAUGUCACCAAAGUCCAAGUACCAAUUCUCUACAAAUCACCAUUUUUUAAUUAUUCUCUUUGUAUAUAAGACAGGCUUUGGAUAUUGUGAUUGAUAUUUACAUAUUUAAGUAAUUAAAAGUGAAGGAAAUAUGUAAGACAGCCGUAAAUAUGGAGAACAGAUGUGUAUAUCAAUAAUAUUUUCCCGUUUAUUAACUAAAACAAGAAGUAGGAUUUUUAUAUUUCUUCUAGUGUGCCUUAGUGAAUCUGCUUGAGAAAAUCUAGUCCUUCGUUUUGAGAAUUGAAAAAGAAAAAUGUGUCGCUGAACCUGCACUUCCAAGCUUGCCUGUAAAGGCAGAAACUUUCCACAUUGAUAUGUUUGGCAGUGCCUGGAAAGAGGCAAAUAAUAACUGGAUGUAAUUUUAAAAAGCUCUCAAAAGCAGACUUAAGAAAUAGAAAUUCAAUAUGAAAUGGUAUAAGGAGAUGAAUAUAGCACUGGCCACCAGUCUUCAAAAAACUUGAACUAGAGACCACUUCUUUAAAACUAAAAGUAUGAAGCUACAGGAAAAAAGAGAUUGCAAAGCAGGAAUAAUCAAUAGACUUGUUCAGCUCAACAAAUAUUUAUCAUGUCUACUCUGAUCAUGGUGCUGUGUUGGCAGCCAGCUUCCCUGAAAGGAUCAAAAGCUAAGCACAAGGACACCGAAGAUUGUUUAAAAGUCUUCGGUAGGCAUUUUCCCAAUUUAACUUCAGUUUCCAGAGAGAGAGAGAGAGAGAGAGAGAGAGAGAGAGAGAGACUUAAUUUCUCCUCAGUUUCUUUUAAACUAAGUUUAUGGAGUGUUUUAUAAAAUCUGCUUUGAUGCCAAUUUCACUGAUAUUCCAUGUCAGUAUGACUUCACAUAUUCUUAGGAACCAAUUAAUCUAAAUUUUGAAGAGUGGGAAACCCAGAUGGUUCAUCUUUUCCUUUUCAUGUCUUUACCCUUUACCAACUGCCCAGAAGGUAAAACAGAGAAAAUCUCCCUGCAAUCCUUUAUUUUGUACUUGCCUUCAAAACUCCAGUUAGAAAGGAGGAUCAAAGAGGCUGAUGAAGAUGGAUUGGAAUGCUUCUCUGGACCUUGCAUGGGCAUCACCCAGCAAGAGUGGUGUGGCUAUGAAGAACAGACAGGUGUCCAGGGUGGAUGUUAGGGUUUAGGUACAACUGGAAGCAGAAGUAGGUCUAGCCUUACAAGGCACUGAGGAUGUCAGGAUGGUCCCUGAUUUAUAGAUUGCCCUUUUAUACAAAUGACUAAAGGAGGAAAAAGUACUUAAUAAACAUCCUGGGACUAUUUGUAAGUUAUGGCAAAACCAAAUGAGACAAAAGGGACAGUCCCCCAACCCCGACUUUCCUCAGCAUCUCUUACUAACACGAAAACAUACAUUUAAAAAUGUAAAAAACAUGUGUAAGCUACAGAAUUGCUUCUCUUAUGUGGCAUGUUUCAGUAUGAUUUUGAGUUCUUUUCUUAUGCUUAGUCGCAUGUAAUGGAUGGAUUCCACCUGGAUGGAAUGAGGGAUUCUAGCUCCUUCCUGUUCACUCCCAUGACCCGCUUCAGAUCACACCCUGAACUCUAGUUGUGGACACCAUCUAGUCACACAGUAACUGAAAUCUUACACAGUGUCAUUCGUGGCCUUGUGCUUUAGAGUGGGCAAUCCUAGCAGUAUCUUGCAGAAGACCCUUCUCUCAGCAGCGGCCUGCUGGGUUUAAGGGUGGUAAAGUCAGGAGUGAGAGAAGGGAAUUAUACGAACUCCUCUGAUCCUCAGCCAGCAUUCAUUUAACCUUCAUGUCCACUCACCAUCGUAAUCUGGAGAAAACAUUGCCAUAUUCAAGAGAUUAAUCAGAAUCAGUGCUUUUGCAAGGGGGACAACAGAGGAACGCCGUUCCUCACCCUGCAUUUUUGUAAUGUCCAUAGUGAGUUUCCUUGUGUGAAAGCAGAUGAGCCCAAGAUCAAGUGGACGAUUCAGCUGAUGCAAGGCUUGUAUUUUCCUUCUUUCAUCACCUGUCCUCAUUAUACAUAUUUUCUUGCACUAUUGUGGUUAACUUUAUGUAAAACAAGUUUAUUUUAUUUUUUUUAGAAAAUUAAAAUGUGCCUAUGUAAGAAAGUCUACACACUGGCUAUCUCUGUCGAGGUGAGGUUUUAGUUGUUCUACUGAUUAUAAUCUGUAAUGUCUUUUUUGAAUUAUGAAAAUGAGCUGUUAAUAAAAUUUUUAAACAAAG